UAAAUAAAAGGCAAGACAGCGGGAGGUGGGAAGACAAGAGUGUCAACCCUUCACCCAGCCUCGAGCACCCGGGACCCUGAGCCCACAGCGCACUUGCUCUCGCUCGACCGCGCUCCAGCCCCGCAGUCCUCACCAACCCUACGGAUCCUAGCCACCGCCAGCCUAGGAGGGCAUCAGGAUGAAGGCAGCCCGUUUCGUGAUGCGCAGCGCCAGCUCGCUGGGCAACGCCGGCCUGGUCCCCAGGGAGGUCGAGCUGUUCUCCCGCUACAGCCCGUCCCCGCUGUCCAUGAAGCAGCUGCUGGACUUCGGUUCAGAAAAUGCCUGUGAGAGAACUUCUUUCUCUUUUCUGCGGCAAGAAUUGCCCGUCAGACUUGCCAACAUCCUGAAGGAGAUUGACAUCCUCCCUGAACGCUUAGUGAACACCCCUUCCGUCCAGCUGGUGAAGAGCUGGUACAUCCAGAGCCUGAUGGAUUUAGUGGAGUUCCAUGAAAAGAGCCCAGAAGACCAGAAAGCUCUAUCAGACUUUGUAGACACGCUGGUCAAAGUUCGAAACAGACAUCAUAAUGUGGUCCCUACGAUGGCACAAGGGAUCCUGGAGUAUAAAGACAACUGCACCGUUGACCCCGUUACCAAUCAAAAUCUUCAGUAUUUUUUGGACCGGUUUUAUAUGAACCGCAUUUCUACUCGGAUGCUUAUGAACCAGCACAUCCUCAUAUUCAGUGACUCAAAGACAGGAAACCCAAGCCACAUUGGGAGUAUCGACCCCAACUGCGAUGUGGUAGCGGUAGUCGAAGAUGCCUUUGAGUGUGCAAAGAUGCUCUGCGAUCAGUAUUAUCUAACGUCGCCAGAAUUAAAGCUCACACAAGUCAAUGGAAAAUUUCCAGGCCAACCAAUCCACAUCGUGUACGUUCCUUCACACCUUCACCACAUGCUCUUUGAACUAUUCAAGAAUGCCAUGAGGGCCACGGUCGAGCAUCAAGAAAACCGCCCUUCCCUGACACCAGUCGAGGCCACCGUCGUCUUGGGAAAAGAAGAUCUUACAAUCAAGAUUUCUGACCGAGGAGGCGGUGUUCCUCUGAGGAUUACUGACCGCCUCUUUAGUUACACAUACUCCACUGCUCCAACGCCUGUGAUGGACAAUUCACGGAAUGCCCCUUUGGCUGGUUUUGGUUACGGCUUGCCGAUUUCCCGUCUCUACGCCAAGUAUUUUCAAGGAGAUCUGAAUCUCUAUUCCAUGUCAGGCUAUGGGACAGAUGCCAUCAUCUACUUAAAGGCUUUAUCAUCUGAGUCUAUAGAAAAACUCCCCGUCUUUAACAAGUCAGCCUUCAAACAUUAUCAGAUGAGUUCUGAGGCUGAUGACUGGUGUAUCCCAAGUAAGGAACCAAAGAAUCUGUCCAAGGAGAAACUGGCAGUGUGAGGGGAAUCGUGCCUGGCACUUUACGGGAUCAAAGUGGGUCUACGGCAGUGCUGCUUCGUGAAUGUGUGUGGACUCUUGUUUCCGCAAAACAAAGCAAAACAAAACCAAGCAAACAAAAAGCAAAUGCUAGAACAGACAUUGAUCUGAGGAGGGACUGAGCUUGGUUAUGUGACCGGGAGAAGUCAGGGCAGGGCUCCAGUAGACAACAAGUGUCCUGCAUCUCAUUUGGCAAUGCAGAAUGACUCAUGACUGUUCCAAAUACUGAAAAGAAGUCUGCCUCUGAGUUACAUCUUUUUCUCAACAAGUACAGGGUUUGAGGUUUGCAGUUUCAACAGAUGGAUGUUUUAGGGUUCUUGCUGCCAUUCAAAUAUAUUGGUGUUUAGUGAGCAUCAAUCAUUGGUGAUUUCCUGCUGUGCAAGGAUUAGAGAAUUGGCAGACAUGUAUACAAUGUACAUUUUAUAGGUGUUGGUACGCUCUGGAGAGGAUAGGGUGGAAGGAAUCAAAGCACUUUAUUGAGCUUGCGGCUACAGGCAUUGAGGCCUAUGUGCAAACCCAGAAGAAAAGCUUCUUCUCUGUCAAGAAAGAGCCAGUACCAUGCAGUUUUUUCAGUUUGGUCUACAUUCAAAAAGCCAGUGUCUUUUGGCCAGUGCGUAGUUUUGGGUGAAAUGUUAACUAUGCACUGACCUCAGGAAGUUGGGUUCGAAAGGGAGAUAAAUUGCCAAAGUGGUCCAAGAAUUGUAUAUGUGGAGAAACCCAUGUUAGAGAAAGAAAUCAUAUACUCAGACCUUUACUGAGAGGAAAUGGCUGCUCUCUAACUGGGAGUAGUGAAAAGUCCAAGGGCAUCUACUUUCUACUCUUAAAAAGAUGUGCAUUUUGUAUUUUAAUUAGAUCCUCUACACUCUAACAUUAACAUAUCCGUUCAAACUUGUCUAGUUGCCAAGUGGCUUGAGAGUGUUAAGAUUUAAAUCAUUUUGGAGCAUCUCAGAGAGUAGUCUGGAAGCAAAAUGUUCUCCUAUCAGGAUGAUGUCAUUUGUGAAGCAGGGAAACAUGGAGAACGAGUGCUAUGCGUGAGUGUUGGGAGGUUGACACUGUAAUUGUCAGCGAGAGGUCGUCGAUGUAGAUCAUGCUUAAGAAAGGUGAUCCAUGGUAGAAAGAUAGAUCACCUUAAAGAAAGAAAUGAGGAACAAGGGAAGGAAUGAAGGGAAGGAAGGAAAGAAGGAAGGAAGGAAGGAAGGAAGGAAGGAAGGAAGGAAGGAAGGAAGGAAGGAAGGAUACAGAAGGCAGGCAUCUUUCUAUUUCCCCAUAAGCUAACCCAAGGAAUCCUCUGUGCUUUUCCUGGGUAAGGAAGAGGAAGAAUUGGUAUCUUUGUAAGCAGUGUGGCUUCUUCAGUGGGUCUCACUCUUACAAGAUAAGGUGAAAUAAUUAAUUAAUUUAUGUCAAAUUAACGUUGAAAGUCUUUUCUGCAUUGUAAUGUUAUCAGUCCUGUGUAUCAGUUGAGUUUGAAAUGUGUAUUUAGUUUCCUGGUGACUUAGAGCUGAGGUGCUCCUGGUUGUGACAACAGGAGCCACAACUAUUUGUUUUGCAUUUCAGAUGUGAUCCAUAAAAGUUGUGGACAAUAACUUUGAUUGAUCACACAAACUCUCGGCAUUUGGGUUAUCUCUCGUAUCAUUGUUGUUUUGUUAUUGAUGUUUUCACUGAAAUUUCAGCUACACGUUUGUGCACAUGACUACUUGUGUUUACCAAAGAUCUAAGGCAUUUGGUUAAUUAGCCCAAAUACCAUGAGCUAUGUGUAAAGUAAUAGAGAAAAGCUUUAAGAUCUCAAUAGCAUCAACUGUGUAAAUUAAAUCAGAAUACCUUCCCUAUUAUUUAUGAACCCACAGGAGACUUUAAACUCUAGUAGAUGGAUGCUAAAUGCCCAGGCCCACUUAACUUAUUAAUGUGUGAAUUACAUUUAUGUUUUUAGUUUAUAUGCAAAGAAAUGUGAUUAUUUUAUAAUAAAUAUUUUUAUUAUAAUAGUAAUGUGGUCUUACAAAAUUCCUUUCUUGAAUAAUCUCAAAGUACAAUAAACAAUUUCAACUAAA